GAUUAAUAUUAUACACCCAAGUAUAAGUGGUUGAAUUGUAGUUUUCUCAGUUUUAAGUUCAAGUAUCGAUCCCACGAAGAGUUUUAAUAAUUUGGAAACGAAAUAAAAUAAUUAAGUUGCUAAUUUGAAUAAGACAGCAUGUGAUAGCUUUUGAUGUGAGGUUAAAUUGAUAACUAGUUUAAGUAAACAUUUAUGUGCAGAUGGAGUAAGACAAGAAUAAAAAGUAUCAUUCAGUUCAAGGAUCCUAUAUGUGUUAUAUUGGUUAAAUACUGGAAAUGCUACCUUACCGCAAUUAACUUUCAUGUUAUUGGCAAGUCAACUAGUAGGUCUGAUGUAUAUAAAUCAUCACACAGCAACUUCUUAGGCUAGCUGGUGGUAUCCAUGACAAUUGAUUAAUCCAAGCAAACCAGAAUAACAAGUCAUUCAUGAGAAAUACUUGAAUUAUUCAUUUGUCUUCAUAAUAAUAGGUGUGUACAUAAGAAACCAUAAUACAGCCACUUCUUAGGUCAACUGAUGGUAUUAUUUAUAACACAACAACUUCUUAGGUUAGCUGGUUAUAGAUAUGUCAAUUGACUAAUCCAAACAAACCAGAAGGUCAAGUCAUUCAUGAGAAAUACUUGAAUUAUUCAUUUGACUCUAUCUGUGAUAUAUAUAUACCAGUUAAACAUCCUCAGCAUUCUGGUGGAGAAUAAAUUAUACCGAUAGGAAUGCCGUGGUUGUUAGACUGAUAAUAUUAUUAUUUAUACCAAUUAAAAGAUCUGAGUAAUCCAGAAGGACAAGUCAUUCAUAAGGAUCAUUUAGGUUUUGUACCAUGCAUCAGUUAACAUCUUCAGCGUUUCGGUGGAGGACAAACUAUACCGAUAGGAAUAUCGUGGUUGUUUUACCAGCAGGUUGAUGAUGCGCUGAUGACAUACUUCCAAGCUCAGCAUCAAAAGUACAUACAUUACUGUAUCAUGUAUGAAGCAUAUAAUACAUAAAUUUAUAAAUAUAUAAAACAUCAGCAUUUUUAGAAUUUAACCAGUAUUAUACAUAUGUUUACCUCUCACUGGAGUAUAUACGGAACUACUCACGCCCCAUUACUACAGACAAGCAAGGAGUGUAAACAGUUUUCAUUAUAACUAAAAUUAAAAUGCAUAAUCUAAAAUGUCUUUCACAAGGAACAACUGAAACACAAUCACCUUUAUUAUUAGUUAUGACAAAAAGGUGACGGCAGUUCAAUUAUCUGAAUAGAAAGAUACAACAGAAAUGUAAAAGUACAAAGUUUGGACUGAAGUGCAUCACAGACCGGAUCAUUUUUACCUCUUUUCUCUCUUGGUUUUCUCUCUGGAGCUCUCUUGGUUUUCUCUUGGUUCCGACCUAUGAAGAAUGAAGAGGAGAUGCCUAUUUAUAAAAGAAGAAGAAGCAAGAGCUGGCAAAAUAAAGAUAGCUGUCAAGAGUGACCAUCCGGACGGUGAAGCUUUUCUGGAAUUUCCCACUUGUUUUAUUGGAGUCUGUACGGUUGACUAUAUGGGGGUGAUCUAGUAGACAAUGAAGUACAGUUACUUGCUGAGUUGCUUCCAGAAAAACCAGUAGUUUCAAUAUCUACUGCAAAAGGGUCCUCAUACAAAGGGGUGGAGCGGAUACGUAGAUGAGAAAGACAAGCUUUGAAAAAGGAAUAACUGGUCAAUACAAUCGUCAAAACCUUGGAGCAUUAUUUUAUCCUGUAGAAGGAGGAAUGUCCCAGCAGUUCAAUCAAAUCAAACAGUGGCUUCACGAACUGGACCAAAUCAAAAAUAAGCCACUUGAAAUCACUUACAACUACUGGGAUGAGGCAAGUCAUAGGCGAAUGAUCUAG